AUGUCGUCCACCGAUCAAACCAGUGCUCCAACUUUCAAGAGCAUUGGCAUAACCAAUACAGAUAUCCGUAAAGCAGCUGGAGUUCAACUAACUCCUCACCAAGAAGUCCUCGUCGGUUCGGUCCUAGAUCUCUUCGAAGGCCGUCCUUCCCUCCGCCAUCUCUCCCUCUGGACCCCAACAGCAACCUUUCAAGAUUCUAUAACAAACGCCGUAGGCUUCGACAAGUUCGCAGCCCAGUGGUACGGCCUCGUAGCCCUCUUCUCCCCGAUAACAAUCCAGUCCCACGAAGUGACCUCCUCAGGAGACCCAAUCUCCCUCCGCCUUUCCAACAAGUACGUCCUCAAGGGUCUGGGCACCGAAAAGGUCAUGGACUCGGUCGUAGACAUCCACGUCGGCCCGGACGGCAGGAUCUCGAGAGUCGAAGACAAGUGGAAUGACAAGCUCCCCCAGGGUCCCUUUGCAACUGCAAGUCUCACUCCCUUUCCCUCAAAUUGA